AUGGAUUCAGAUUCUGACGAAACCUAUUCCGAUGAAAAUGAAAGUUCAAUUAGUUCUGAUGGACUUGAAAGUAGUGAUUCCGAAGAUAAUGAUUCAUUAAUCGAAGAACUCAACCAAAGUUCAAUGGAUGAUUGGGAAUGGAAAGUUGACAACUCAAGUUUUUCUACUUCUUUCAAUUAUUUUGAUGGACAUGCAUUAGGAAACAAUAUAAUUCGACCAACAGAUUCAUUUUUCAAGUUUAUAUCACAAGAUUUGAUCAAAUUAAUUACUGAUCAAACCAACAUUUAUGGCAAACAACGUUGUGUUCAAAAAGGUGAAGAUGCAACAAGUUGGAAAGAAGUUGAUGAAAAUCUAAUACAUGCAUUUCUCGAACCUAGGCAUGCUGGUGCUGGUUUCUGGGGUGAUUAUCGUAAUUGUGAUAUACCUCUCUGGACAGUUCAAACUAUUCUACAAUAUGCUUCUGAACUAGAAGAUUUUGACUUCAUCUAUUAUACUGGUGAUUUGCCACCUCACAACGUAUGGAAUCAAUCCCGUGCUGAUCAACUCUAUACCAUUCAAACUAUUAAUCAAUUAUUAGCUAAGACUUUUCCUAAUAAAACUUUCUAUCCAGCAGUUGGAAAUCAUGAAGCAGCACCUUGUAAUCUGUUUCCAACACCUAUUAUUCGAUCAGACAAUAUUUCAUGGUUGUACGAAGCAUUAGCCGAUAGCUGGCUUACACUUGGUUUACCAUCUGAUACACGUGAUACUAUAACACGUGGAGCUUUCUAUACAACAAUUGUACGUCCUGGUUUACGAUUAAUAUCGCUCAAUAUGAAUUAUUGUGCACCCGAAAAUUAUUGGUUAUUUGUCAAUGCAACUGAUCCACUUGAUCAACUUCAAUGGUUCAUACAAUGGUUACAAUAUGCUGAAGAUCAUGACGAGAAGGUCCACAUUCUUGGACAUCAUCCACCACGUUCUUGUUUGGCAGCUUUUAGCUGGAAUUUUCAUAAAAUUAUCAAUCGAUAUGAAAUACCAUUGCUGGCUUAUGUAACACCUUCAAUGACUACACAAUCAUUUUUAAAUCCAGGUUAUCGUGUUUAUACAAUGGAUGGUGUCUAUCCAAAUAGUUCCUAUUGGGUACUUGAUCAUCGUACAGUUAUUAUGAACCUAACGGCAUCAAAUAUGUAUAAUAGAAGCAUUCUAAUCAAUGAAUAUGAAGCUCGAGAUGCUUAUGAAAUGGAAAAUUUAUUUCCUGCUGAUUGGGACAAUCUUAUUCAAAGAAUGAAAAAUGAUAUUGAUGGUCCAUUAAUGGGUUUAGCAUACACAUAUUAUACAAAAUCGUAUGCUACUGGAACCAGUUGUAAUCAUGAUUGUCGACGAGGUUUAUUAUGCAAUUUUAUGACAGGCCGUUCGGAUGAUCCUCAUGCAUGUGACUCAAUUCCAACUUAUCGUUGA